UUGUUGCUGAAAGGCAUAAACUGAUUUCUUUAGUUUAUGCAAUAUUAGAUAUACAAAAAGGUAGAUAUGGAUACGCUGAUGUGGUAACAUACUCGGGCCCAACAUUUAUAAGAGUUCAUAGUAGUAAACAUGAUAGCAGUACUGCUUACUCUCAUGAUAAAGAUUUUGAUGACUUAAUGAAUGAGAGGAAAUUGCACAACUAUACUACAACAAUAGAUGAACAAUCUAAGCCUGUUGUUGUACUGCUAACUGAUAGUGGUCCUGAUGAAAACUCUCAUUAUAAAAAGACAGUUCGGAUAAUAAUUGAGCAUUUUGAUAAAUAUGAUCUUGAUAUCAUUAUUGUGGCAUGCUUUGCACUACACCAGAAUGCAUCUAAUCCAUUGAGAACAAAUAACAAGAAGUUAGAAAAACGUAACUUUAAGGCAGCUGGAGAUGUGCACUAUUGUCCAAAUAAGAAGUCUGAAUCUUGGAUUAAGAAGCAUGUAAUGACUUGUCGUUAUUUUACUCAAGUUACAAAGUAUAAUGAUCGAAGCUGCUGUAAGCCUUUCCACAGUGAAAUCACUCAAAUUCUUCCAAAUUGGUUUUUUCCUCCUUCACUUAUGAUUCAACAAAAUCCUGAUACUAUUUGUAUGGCAAACAUAAGUGCAUCUAAUGAUACAAUUCAUUUUUCUCCUUUUAUCUUAUCUAUAUUAAUGGAAAGAAAACUAAUUUCUUUAAAUAUGAAUUUACGAUGCCUUCCUUUUGAUUGGUAUUGUUUGACUGUCAAUAAAUUGAUUAAUGAAUAUAUUUGUCUCUAUUGUAAUUGGUACUUUGCUUUAAAAGGAGCUUUGAAAAAUCAUACUAAAAAAUGUUCAUAUAAAAAAUUUAACUUAUCUCAUGGUGAAUUCUUAAUUAGUAACAAAAAUAAUGAGACUAUAUGGGUGGAAGAAGAGGCUAUACCAGAAGAUGUAUUAGAAACUUAUAAUCAGCAAGUACAAGUUCAAGAAGAAUAG